CUCGUGCAUCCGCAAACCUGAACGAUGAUGCUCUCAUGCGUCGCUCUCUCAUUAGCCGUGCUCGGGCUGUCUGCUUUGGUGAAGGCCGUCUCACCUCCCGACGAAGUAACACUUCUGCGCCCGCAGUCCGCGGUAACCGUGAACACCACGGCAUGUUAUGGCUUUGCAGAGCCAGUUGACGAACCUCACUUUUCUGGGCUUUGGCGGACCAUGAACAUCACCCUCUUCGCUCCCAACGGGACAAACAUAGGCAGCGUCGGCAUUGGAACUGACGGAAACGACACUGACGUCCCGCUGGAAUGCGGAACGUUCCCCGGUACCAGCUACGCCGGCUGCGCGGUCGUCCCGGACGAGGGCACGUACACCAUCGUCUGGAACAUCACCUACCGCAUCUCCGCCAGCAAGACCAACUGCACCGCGCCCUUCUCCACCCAGAACUUCCUUCUGAACGCGACGUUCGACGCAAGCGCGGUCUACGGCGGGGAGCAGGCGACGGGCUUCACCGACCCUGUUGUUUCGUCGACGGCGACGUUGCCCACGAAGCCGACCGGCUCUAUCAAGAAGUCUGCAGGGAGCGCUGUGGUCGUGUCAUGGAAGACGGUGGUUUCGCCCCUUCUCGUUAUGGCCAUAGCCAUGUUUGCCCUUUGAUCUGAGUCUGCUAUGCGCGCGUAAUGUGCGCUAUGUUCCAGAUUGACGUUACUCGCGCGAUGCUCAUGUACACCUAUAGCUUAGUGCGAUGUAAUCACAGAAUUGCCAGCCGCUCUCUAUAGUGAUAACGAAAGAUAUGAC